CCGUUUCAUGAUUAGUGCGGCUGAGGAGUGGCGUGCACGUCAUCCUCUUGGUUGCUUUUUCCCGCCAAGAAUACAUCACACGGUGCACCAAAUGAACAAGACAGAACAGUAUAGUAAAAAAAAUGCUGUUUCAUCGACCGAAUACCCGGGCUGAACGAGGCUGUAUAUGGGUUGGAUUACUAUUCAAAAACGUGUCGUUUUGAGGGAUGUGAGGUCAUUUGACUUUGAGUUAUGUGUAAUAUGUUCCCGGGAUGACGUCCUGGACGUGAUGAAACUCCAGAAGACGAGUCUUUUGAACAAACCCGAAAGACUUCGGGCUUUUGACUUCGUGAGAACCAUUGUCGCCGACCCCCCCACGACGCACAAACCUUCUCUUUGCAUAUGUAUAGCAACUUGUCGGUACGAAGACCAAAAGAAAGAAGAAUCUCAAAAGAACCAUCCAACCAUCCCAGGUCUAAAUACCACCUCUCCCAGCUUCACGAUCAAUAGAGAAAUCAAGCACCCAUUCGCCCUUACAACCCUACAAUCAAUCUUCCUAUCCUAUACAACCAUAUCAAUAACGACCACAACACCAAACCCCUACCAACCAACUACUUGUACUACGAUCAAAGAUGCCAGCAGCAACACCCUAUCGCUGCUCUGGGUGCGAUUUCCCCAAUCCCGCUUCGCACAACGGCCCCUGCCUGAACAACAUCGCCUACUGCCCCAAAUCAAAGGGCGACUGGUUCUGCGCUAAAUGCCCUAACAUAGUGCCAAUCGCACUAGGUCCCGACAAGGACGGAGUGUACCGCUGUGAUAAGUGCAGGGCGCCGUUCGACCCAAAGUACAAGUACACACCGCCGG